UUCUAAAAGCAGCGUUUAGCUAUUCCUUCCCUCUGUUCUGAUUUUCUUUUUCUCAUUUUUCAAUUUUUGCCCUCAGCUUCAUCUUCUGCUUCUGUAACUUUCUUUCCAACCAUCUCUAGGUUUCCCUUUUUUGCCAUUGAUUGCAGAGGAGACAUAGAUAUUUCAUUGAUUGCAGAGGAGACAUAGAUAUUUCCGCUAAAAAAAACUUUCAAAAGCUCUCUCAUGGAAGGUCUUAUAUCAUGAUUUCUUAUUAUGGUUGCCUUUGGCUCGUUAGCUUGCUCAACCUUGUUUGGUGUUUCGUUCAGGCCUGGGAAUGCACUCCUGGAAAGGAAAUGGCAUGGAAUAUCUUAUCAUUGUUCACAACUUCUGGGAUGCUAUUCCUGGAAGUUAGCUUGUUGGCAUUUCUACUGCAAGGAAAUCAUGCUAGUGGGUUGCAAGCUUUGACACGGACAUUUGUUAUUUCAGGGCUUAUUGUUGGUUUGGACUUACUUCUCAAGGCUAUUUACCUAUUUGGAUUCGGUGUGCCCUUGUUCAUUGACAACUCUGAACAUCCACGUCAGAUAAAAUGGGGUUUGUGGGUUGUUCACAGGCUAGUGCUGACUGCUAUUUAUGGCUCCAUACUGUUUAUGUACCAUUCCAAGUGGAGAGAAAGACCUGCAUUCUACAAAUAUGUUGCCUUCAUGUUCGUCUUGAAUGCACUAGAACUGUUUGCUUGUGCACUAACUGGAAAUGGAGCUAGCUUUGGGUUUUGGUUGUACAGCGCCACAAUCGUUUGCUACCAUGCCUUUUACCUUCCUCUUCUGUAUAUUACUUUUCUAGCAGAUUUUUUUGAGGAGGAAGACAUGCAUAUAGAGAAUGUGUACUACUCAGAGAUGAAAGAUGCUGGUUUCUUUGAUGCUGACUGGGAGUAAGCAUCGAAUGAACUUUGAAUUAGUAGCUUCUCUAUACAUAAAGCUCUGUAAAUAUAAAGUGCAGUUCAGAUUGUAAAAUAUCUGCUCAAACGAAUGAUGGAUCUAUGUCUCAAUAUACCAGUAUUGUUGUGGGAACAAAUCCAAUAAUGUAGAAUGUGCUUUACCUAGAGCUUCUUCCUAAAGAUCAGUUAGCCCUUGAUUUUUUUUUCAGUAUGUACUAUGUGUUAUCAAGUAGAUUUGAAGUUUGAAUAUCUACAUCUAAAUUAUUUUCAUUUCCAA